AUGGGAAGAGUAGUGGACUUCCUUCAAGAGACAAGUCUACAUGGUUGUAAAUAUAUUUCAGAUACCACCAGAUCCUUGGCACGUAGAAUUAUCUGGGCUCUGUUUUUCACUGCUGCAUCUGCGUCAUGUAUAUUUUAUUGUGUGGAGCUAGGACUACGACUUUUAGAGUUCAAUGUUCAAACUAUAUUUAGAUUGGAACACAAAGAUUCCCUGGCAUUCCCUACAAUAGUUAUUUGCAACCCAUGUCCUAUAAAUGUUACACGAAAUAAUGAUACAGAGACACUUUUCCAAUCUGGCAUACUCUGGUCAUCGAAUAAGUGGAACAUCCUACGUGAGAAUUCUUCUAGAUCAUUUACCAUUGAGGAUAUAAACAAAAUAAAGGAUGAAAAGAAAAUAGAUAUGCAGGCUUCUAUUCUCCAAGCAAGAUGGGACGAGAAAUAUUUGAAUAUCUCCGAAUCUUUCAAACCUUUCGACUUAUUGGAUAAAAGUUGUGUAUGGUUUAAUGGGAAAGACUACCAAUCUAAAUACGGUGCUUUUAUUGGGGAAAAUAGUGGAUAUGAUGCUGGAUUAGAGGUGAUUGCUAACGUUCAUCAAAAUUUAUGUUCCUCUGGAUUCGUUCUCGAAGCUGGUCUUGAGAUUUAUAUUCAGCCUGUGGAAGAUGAUAUACCAAGUCUAUCACCAGCAGCUAUUGUAGCACCUGGUACAGCUACUAAUAUAGGAUUGUCAAAAUCAACUAUGAAGUUUUUAGAAUAUCCCUAUAAGGUUAUUGGAGACAGAUACUGCACUAGUGUGGCAAAUUACAGCAAGAGUAAUUGUAAUGAAGGUUGUAUCUCAAAGAAAUUAAGAGAGAGGUGUCCAUGUUUACCGACCUUAUUUGAAGGUGAGACUGAUUUUGGGGAAUUUGAGAACUGUACAACAGACAAUGUUAUGGCCGGUGUAGAUUGUUAUUCGAACUAUUAUCCGUUACUAAAGAGUCAGGCAGAUAAGGGUGAUAUCUGUGAUUGUCCAGACACAUGUGCGGUAUCAUCGUAUUCAAUUGAUUUAUCAUUUGGGUAUUUUCCUACCACGAGCGUUAGUCAAAGAUUGGUAGACAUUGGCUAUAUUCCUGAUGUUCAGUAUGCUAGGGAUAAUUUGCUUAAAUUCAGAAUAAACUUCAAGACUCUGGUUGAAGAAAUUAUUGAAUAUGUUCCUGAAUACUCAGCAGAAACCAUGAUAGGAACUAUUGGAGGCCAUCUUGGAUUAUUUGUAGGAGCUAGUAUAUUGACUAUUUUUGAAAUAGUAGAAUUAUUUGUAUUGUUGGUCGGGACAAGAGUAUUCAAAUUAUUCAACAGACCAUCCAAUAUAAGUAAAUUAUCUUAA